UCCGGACCAGCGAACAGAUCAGUAUCAGUUUCAUUUUGAAUCUUAUCCUUCCAACACUAUUUAUCAUGCUUCGCUUUGUUGCCCUCAUCGCCCUUGUGGCCUGUGCCGUCGCUGACAACGCCCCUUACCGCCCUGCCCCCUCUUACAAUGAGCCCAAGUACGACGAGGCCCCCAAGCCUUACUCUUUCCAAUACGGUGUCAACGACCAAUACUCUGGCUCCAACUUCAACGCUCAAGAGACCGCUGACGGCAAGGGUGUCCAAGGCUCCUACCAGGUUUACCUUCCCGACGGUCGUGUCCAGACUGUGACUUACACCGCUGAUCACUACAACGGUUAUAUCGCUGAUGUCAAGUACGAGGGCGAGCCCACCUACCCCAAGUACGAGCCUAAGCCCGCUCCCUACAAGCCCGCUCCCUACAAGCCCGCUCCUUACAAGCCCGCUCCCUACAAGCCCGCCCCUUCUUACUCCGCUUAAGAAGUUGAAACCAAGUGCCAUGAUGGGGACUCUCAACGAAGCUCAAGAUAUUUAAAGGCCAAUCUAUUUAUUUUGAGAAUCCUGGGAAAUGUGAGGAAUAUUCAUUAUGCUUUCGAUAGAAAUCUGAAUAAAUAUUUCUUGAUUUACCAAAACAA